AUGCCUCGUACUCGCGCCGCUGGCCCGCCCGAGGGCGGUUAUCAACAACUCCCAACUCCCAAGCGUAAGCCUAGGAUCCAGAAGUCCCAAACUUCUCUAAAAAUGCCCACAGCAGUGAAGACUCCCCGGAAGCGUCUACACGAAGACCAUGACGAUGAUACGGCCGAUGAACGAUCCAUGAAACGCGUCAACACCGAGCCGCGAGCCCGCUCUACCUUCCUCUUCGAUCCUGCCCAUGGCCGUAGUCAGCUCACUCCCGGGCGAAAGAAUGCUUCGAUAUCUCGAAAUCGCAGGAUUGCCGCCUCGCAGUCCGCCAGAAAACCCUACAGAGCCGAGAAUCCUUUUGCAGCCCGUGCGCUCGACGUCCAAGCCUCCAUUGCCAAACCACAAGAGCCAGAGAAACCCGAGGAGGAGACUAGCCAGCCUGUAAUUGACACUCCGACAAAAUCACAAGGGAUUGUUGGCCGCCUCUUUGGCAGCAUCAGGAAGACUAUCUUUGGUGGCAGCACCGACAGCCCUGGUUUCACUCGAGGAAGCGAAAGUCCUACUCCGCAGCAAAAUCCAUUCGAAGCUGCCCCAAUCGCGCCCCGACGUGCCGCACAGAUAUCCCGACUAGCACGACUUGCCAGACAAUCAUCUGAGACGACUACUGACGACGUAGCAUCUUCAACUGCCAAACAGCCGACAGUUGAGGGCUCUGAGAAUUCGCCUCCUGAGGAUGAUCAUGAACUGCAGACCACGCAAGUGACUGGCACGAACAAGAGGAAACUCGAUACGGCAACCGAGGAUCGACCUCCCAAGAAGGUGAUGCUGAACGCUGAUGAAAACGGUAGGGUCACGGGCUCGUAUGGUAUUACCGAUGCGGAACUAGAGAUCUCCAGUGACGAAGAAGAUGAUGAAGAAAAUAAUGGACAGUCGGUGCAAUACCCUCGACUCCCAGUUGAGGAACCACCGACGAAAACUCCAACCGGCACUGGUCUGGACAAUUUCGAGCCAUCGUUUUCGAGGAGAGGACAAUUUCUUUCAGGCCAGAAGCUACGCUCUGCAAUGAAGUCCAAACCCAACCCAGGAAAGAAGGUUGGUUUCAGCUCCUCCCUCACCUCCACGAAGGAAGUAUGGCCUGAUUUCGGCCCGGCUGGUCAGUACAACGGAAGCCUGUUUACGUAUACUGGGCCUUACACUCCAGAAGACGACAACGCCUUCAGCAACACCAGCGCUAUCUCGUUGGACACGCAAUCGACUACCACACCAUCCCAGAUCGACCAAGAGGGCACCUACAACAAUACGUAUCGGAAUAAGAUUACGAAUCAGCUCAAUCUGGGAGGCGAUAAGCCUUGGUGGGACAGAACACCUGGGACAGAAACUCCAUCUCAUCAGGUCAUCACGAACCCGGAUGGUCACUUUAGCGUACCAGACGGUGAUGACACUCCAACACAGGAGGAGCUUUCCCAACCUGCGACUGUGCCUAGUGCCCCGAAAAUUCCCCACGCUUCCCUACCAGAUGCGGACGAACGUCUCCACAAAGCUCGGCAGGAGGCCCAGCAAUAUAAACCCAAGCAGUCAUCUCGUCUGUCCAACGUUGAGCCUGCGAGAUCCAGAUCUUCUUCUCCCAGUAAUACUCUUACUUCUGGCAUCUUGGACGAUGGGCGCCAGCAGAUGCAAGAGGCCUAUGAACAGACCGAAGAAGAGAUCGAAAAAAUGCGAGAGGCUGAAGAGUGGGCUGCUAGCCUCGAGUGGCCCAAGCCGCAAUCUUAUAUUGAGGCUGGAUUAUGCUCGCCUUACAUUGACCAGCUUUUGCGCGACAGGUGGACCAAAGAGGACGACCAGUUGACUCAUGAGUUCUGGAAGAAGGAGUUUCGCGAGGUCGACGAGAUGAUGGAAGCUGCCAAAUCUGUGGGGAAGACACUGGAGUUGAUGUACGAGGAAUGA